AUGGCAUACCCACGAGUGCUCGAUCAACCCUUCCGCUUCCUUGACCUUCGCAAGGAGGUGCGAUUCAUUGUAUACGAAAAUCUUCCUCGGACUAUUAGUAACGCGACAAUCGAUCCCCUGCCCUACAACUACCCGCCUUCUCAACCAACGCUAUCUUUCACUCUCAUCCACCGCAGCACUAAUACUUCUAUCCUCUGUGUCUGCAAGGAAAUUUACGACGAGGCAGCACCGCUCGUUCACAAGACAAUCCGCGAUUUUAUCCUUGAGGCAUCGCCCAAGAUUGCAGGCGGCCUUGAUUAUUACACCCACGCCGGCCUCCUGACACCGAUUUUCUUCAAGCACCUUGCUGAAGCUCGCAAAACCACGGCAAAAUGGGAUAUGUCAGAUUUGCCUUUUAGUCCCGCCAAUGUAUUCCUACCCGGCAGCAUGAGUAGGGUUUUGCCCUCUUUACGACACGACGUGGUUGGCGAAGCUGCAAAACGUACAACAAGCACUUUCAUCACCGCGACCUCGAUACAGCUCCUCUACCACUACAUCAAGCGCCUAUCCCGCCCUGCGCUCAGCAACCCCACCAUCAAGUUCGUACGUACCUGGGAUCGCGAGGCAAUCGCCACGCGCGCUCUCAUCCUCCCACUUUGGGAGUGGUGCGUGAGGGACUUUAGCAUGGCCUUCACUGUUCCGAGUGGUGAUUUCCGCUCCAAGUGCUACGACUUCGGCGUCGAUAUCAAACUCGGUGGCUACGUCCCAACAAACAAAGGCCAGCAGCCUUUGCUAAGGGAAAACGCUCUGAUCACCUCGCCGAGAUAUCGUAACGCGGAUAAAUUUGUCCCGGAUGGAGUUGGUAGAGUGGUGAGACGACGAGAGCCUAUGAUGGAGAAGGAGUGGAGGGAGGAAUGGCUCCCGAAUAAAUAG